AUGAAAACAUUACAACCCACUGCAACCCUUCAAAAGCGGAGUUGCUUGCGUACAAUCGUGGCCGUGUAUUUUGGUUUAAAGCUUAUGGGGUGUCUCAUUGUGUUGAUCGGUGGCAUUAUGAUGCUCUCCACAUCAGUGGAUCAAUAUGCUCACUCGUGGAUGAUCGAGCCGAAUGAUUGUGCGAGAGCGCUAUUUCAAACGAGCUAUCAAUUGUUUGCCCAAACAUUUUUUAAAAGUGUUAAUGAAGAGAUUAUAGAAACAAAAAGUCGAACUGUACCUGCCGUAUUCGAUAACAGCGCUACACAUCCGCCAUUCAUCCUCCAGAAAAAUAAUGUCAAGACAAUUGUGCUUCAAGUAAUGAAUUUUCUAAUAUCUGAACCAGAUGAAAUUCGUCGUCUUCGUCGAAAUUCCAUAGAAAAUGCAUCACACUAUAGUGUACUUGAUAAAGAUCAAUAUGAUGCUACUUCUACUUCUAUUGAUCCAAAUAACCUGGUUGAUUGUCAAGGUGGUGGACGUAAAAGCAGUAGUAGUAGUAGUAGUAGCCGAGGUUGGAGAAAUCGUCCUUAUCGAGGAGUAUCAACGUGCACAGGUGCCGCUUGUCUACAUCAAGAUGUUAUCGCAAGUUGUAAACUUAUCGGCGUUAUACUUGUCAUAAUUGCAAUAAUCUUUUUCUAUCAUUGGUGGAAACAUCAAUCGAUACAAUCAAAUGAAACCUAUGUGAAUUUACCAACGAGUGAAAUCGAAACGCAGGACUUGAACCAGUUUGAGUCGGGUUUUUGGUCGAGUCGAUAUUAUCAAUAUGAUGUAUGGCAUGGUCCCCAUCGACUCUCGCUCUUAUUCGAUCCUGAAACAUGGAAAAUGCCGAUAACAUCUAUUGAAAACUUAUCAAAUGAAUUAUUUUAUGAAAUAUUCGAUUAUCUUGACGGUAGUGAAAUCUAUCAAGCAUUUUCAAAUCUCAAUUAUCAUUUUCAACAAUUUCUCAAUUAUUCAUCAUUUCCAUUAAAAAUUAGAAUUAAUUCAUCAUCUUAUAAAUCAUAUAUGAAUACAUAUCAACAAAUUUUAUUUAAUAAUAAACAUCGAAUUAUUUCCUUACAUUUAUUCUUACCAUUACAAAGCAAUGAAUUUUUCUCAUCAUAUUCCAUUGAUUCAUCAUUUAAUUGUCUUGAAUCACUUCUGCUUUUUAAAAUUCCACCAUCUAUUCUUUUAUCACUUCUUAUUAAUUUAACUUGUUUACCACGACUUUUUUCAUUAACGAUUGAUACACAACGAACAUUGGACGACUUAACAGAAGUUUAUCGAUUAAUUUUUCUUUUACCAAAAUUAAAAUAUAUGAAAUGUUCAGCAAGAAGAACUGUUGUAUUUAUGUCAUUACCAAUUGCUAAGAAGGAACAAUUAACUAAUAUUGAAUAUCUUGUAAUUAAUCAUUCUUGUACUUUUAAUCAAGUUUCUACUAUUAUAUCUUAUACACCUGAACUUUAUCAUUUGAAUUUAAUGAAAUCCUAUGAUAAUUAUUUUAAUAAUGAAAUUUUAUUACCAAUGGAUUUAUUUCGUCUAACAUAUCUAUCAAUAAAAAUGUGCGAUAUAAUGUUAGAUGAAUUGGAAUUAUUUAUUGCAGAAACUGGAUGUAAUUUGAAAGUUUUACGUAUUAUUACUCAUUCGCACGAACGAGAUUAUCUUGAUGCUGAUCGAUGGCAAGAAUUAAUUGAAGAUUAUUUACUAGAUUUAGAAGAAUUUUAUUUACAAUAUCAUGAAAAAGUUGAUCCUGAAGCUGCAAUGUCUGAUACUCUACCUUCGGAUAACUUUCGUUCAUUAUUCUGGAUUGAACGACAAUGGUUGAUGGAUGUUGAAAUGAAUUCUUUGAAAAUUGUCUGUUCAAUUGGAUCGUACAGAAAAAGAUGGUACGAUAUGAAUUCUUCCAUUGAAAUUUCAAAAUCUACUCGACUUACUGUUUGGAAUGUUCCUGAUGUUGAUUAUAGAGGAUUAUUAAAGUUAACCAUUGGUGAAAUUUUAACAAUAACACAAAUUUAUCAUUUGGAAAUUUUUCAAAGAAAUAUUUGUUCUAAUGAAUUAAUCGAAUUAAUCGAUAAAUUAUCUGCACUUGAUUCAUUAAAAAUCUAUUCUUUAGGAUUAUUAGAAUCAAUAUUUGCUGAUUUCUAUGAACAUGAACUUCAUUU